AUGAAAUCCGCCAUUAUUCUAGCCAGCACCGCCGCCCUGGCGAGCGCCUUGGUCCAGCCGAAGCCCGCCGUCGGCGCCCAGCUACCGUCUGCAAAGGGAGUUGACGAGAGCAGCUACGGCAAACGGACUUCAGACAUCUGCCUCGAAACAGAGGCGAAAGUGGUCAAAAAAGAAGCAACUUUUGAAGAAUGGAAGAAGGUCUGUGGAGCAGAAGGCCUAUGUAACGCCAUGCACAGUGAACCUUUGCUUUGGCGGACAAUCCCAGAGCUUUACGGAUGGGCGUUUGCCCGGGCUUGUCCGCCUUCGCCUGCAGAAUCAGAAGCAGAAGCAGAACCCGCACCAUCUCAGUUGGGCUGUCUUGAAACUGAAGUCAAGGCGAUCAAAAAAGAAGCAUCCUUCGACGAAUGGAAACAAGUCUGCAAAACAGAGGGCCUCUGCAGAGCCUUACAUAACGAGCCUUUACUCUGGCAGACCAUCCCAGAGCUUCGUGGAUGGGCGUUUGCCCAAGCUUGUUCACCUCUAGAACCAUCACCCGCACCAGUUCAGUCCGGCUGUCUUGAAACCGAAGUCAAGGUGAUCAAAAAGGAAGCAUCUUUCGACGAAUGGAAACAAGUGUGCAAGACAGAGGGCCUCUGCAGAGCCUUGCAUAACGAGCCUUUGCUUUGGCAGACAAUUCCAGACCUUGCCGGGUGGGCGAUAUCUCAGGCCUGCUCAUCCGAAAACAGGGCCUAG